GAAAGGACGUAGAAAAGAUAAGGACGCAAACACUACAGUAAGCACAGAAGAACAGAAAGAGUACCUCGAGGACCCAAACAUCAAGGACAGAAUCUCAGACGCCGAUUUAUUUCGGUUAGUGGCGCUACCCCCAAUGUUGGAUCUCAACGAAUGGCUGGCCACCCACACGAUAGCCUUUUUCAACCAUGUGAACCUGCUUUACGGAGUGGUCUCUGAGUAUUGCACAGCAGAUGUUUGUUCUGCUAUGACUGGUCCGGACAAUGUUCAGUACUUCUGGUACGAUGAUAAAGGCAAGAAGACCAAGCACACGGCCCCACAGUACAUCGACUAUGUGAUGACUCACAUUCAGAAGGUUAUCAAUGAUGAGGCUGUGUUCCCAACAAAGUUUGGUCAUCCAUUCCCCCCAGACCUGGAGUCUAUUGUCAAGAGAAUCCACAGAUACCUGUUCCAUGUUCUGGCCCACAUUUAUCACGCACACUACAAGUUGUUGCGCCAGCUGGGCCUCCAUGCCCACCUCAAUACCGUCUUCACACAUUUCAUGGUGUUCACCUCCAAGUUUGACCUAGUCCAGGACAAAGAGUCGGACAUUCUCCUUCAGCUGUUCUCACUACUACUGAAGAACCUGGCUGAUCCAAAUCAGAAUCCUACACUCAGGGAAGGACUCGGCAUAGGGGAUGGUGUCCUUGGACCACCCUAUGACAAACCUUCUGACUCUUCAAAACAAGCUGAUGAGAAAGCCACCUCAGAGCCGCCCGCCACAACAUCUUCCCAGCGGCUCAGCAACGGUGGUGGCAAUCUUAAUCUUUCCCUCUGUGAUACAGUUUCCAAAGACAGCUGCCGGAGUAGCAAGGAUGCACUAAUGGAGUAUAACGGACUCGACAACCAACCUCCAACAUCUACUUCCCCAGUCCAUUCCCCGUCAUCCAGUCAGCGUUCUUUCGAUGGUAAGGACAUGGAUGGGAAUACCUUGAUGGACACGGAUCAUCCACAAUCUCCGUCAGACUGGUUGUCAAACCUUCAGGUCUCUGCGACAUGA